CUGUCAUGGUCAACGACCAAAUUCCACGACACAAUCCAACUAAAAUUCUUUAAAUAAAACCCCAAAAAAUGGAAAUCAAUAUAAUGGCCUGCGCCAUUGACCCUGCUGGAAUUUAUUGUUCCGCGCCCACCCCUCCAUGAACGUUCACUUUCUUUCUUUCUUUCUGCACUCCACUGGCAGUAAUUAAUAACUGUAAUCCGACAUUGAAGAAUAGUGGUCGGGAGAAGAAACAGGUAGCUAUGGCGCAGAAGGAAGAAUCCGGCACGGCGACGGACACUAAGAAUGUUGUGAGGCCGAGGGUGGAAAUCGAUACCUCGCCGCCGUUCGAGUCUGUAAAGGAGGCUGUCGUCCGGUUUGGUGGGAGUGGCCCUUGGAUUCCCCACCACUUGCUCCGCCUUGCUCCUCCACAUCCUCUCCAAGAGCAAGAUGAAGUGUUGGAUCUAAACAAAAUGGAGGAGCAAGCAGUGAAGUAUGAGAGGGACUUGAUGAUGAAGGAGCAAGAAGCCCUAAAACUCCUAAAAGAAGUGGAAGCAGCAAAGAGAUUUGUUGAAGGGCUUAAACUAAACCUAAUGGAGGAAGUCUCUACAUUUGUAUCCUCCACUCCUGCAAAACCCCAAAUGCACAAACUCUCACCCAAUCCAGUCCAGUCCCCUGGCUAUGUUCUAAUGGAAUUAGACCAAGCGAAACUCGAGCUAAACAAGAUGUCCAUAGAUCUCGCGGUCAUCAGAACAUCCGUGGAGUCCCUGAACAAGAAAAUGCAGAAAGAAAAAAUCCUUCUGGAGACUGAACAGUUCAAGAAAAUGGCAGAAGCUUCAAGGCAUGAAGUGAUGAAAGCAAUGUCAGAAAUUGAGAGGACAAAAGCCAGUCUCAAGCUUGCAGAAAUGAGGCUAAUUGCAGCCAAGAAAAUGGAGGAAGCUGCUAAAGCUGUGGAAGCCAUUGCCUUUGCAGAAAGAAAAGCUCUCUUAAACUGCAAAACCACCAAUUCAGAAGGGAUAAUAACAAUCCCUUAUGAACAAUACUAUGCCCUAACUCAAAAGGCCCAACAGGCUGAUGAGCUCUGCAACACCAAAUUCGUUGAUUCGUCCCCUCAGAACAAGAAACCAGACAGUCCUAGGCUGCAGAAUGAUGCCCUGAGAGACAUUGGGACAGACAGAACUGUCCCUGUCUUUAGAUCAUCAAUCUCAAUUGGAGACAUCCUUAGCAGAAAGCUGAUUCUGCAAGAUGAUCAUAUCAUGGUGGGGAAGGGACAACAACAACAACAACGACAACAACAACAUGUUUCGUUUAGUCAAAUGCUACGCGAACAAAGCGGGAUCAUACUGAAUCCAGCAAAGUCUGGGAAGGAUAAUAGUGGGAGUGUGCACAAGCAGUUCAUUGCACAUAGGAAGAAGUUUGGGUUUAUCCAAGUUCCAAUUCCUAGGCACAACAAGAAAAAGGACCAGUCUUUGAACCAGAGAUAACAUAUAUUAGACACAUUAUAUUAUACUGUUCUUUCAUUCCCUGUGCUUAAUUGUGUGGUUUUUGUUCAAUUUGGUUUGCUUCUCAUACCAUUAACGUUAGAUUUGGUUGUGGCUUGUAGGAUUUUGUGUUGUGCUGGUAUUGUUCAGAGUUACUUAGCUUGUUUCAUAUUAUUGUACACACCUGUUUUUUUCUUUUUUCUUAUUUCUUUUUGGGGGUUGUGAGGAAAUCUACUGCCACUAUAUGAGGGAA